AUGACUUCUCGAACUGCCGGAGCCGACACAAUACUAAAACUUCUCGAGGAUAGUGAUGCAUCUGAAAGUGACGCUGAAGGAGAUAUGGCCGAUAUGAAGAGUCGCACUGGCAGUGUUUGGCUGAAGGAUGACACAGACAUGGGUGAACUAACGGAUCUUCUUGACAGAAAGAGUAUGAUUCUCAAGGUUACCACCACGGAUCCUGCUCAAUUAGCGAAACGGAAAGCUAAACUGACGGAAAAGAAGAAACAGGAAUCUGGAUUCAGAAUAUCUAAAGAUGGAAAAUUAGUGAUUGUCGAUAGUGAUGAUGAGAAUGAAACAAAGCGAAAGCGUAGGAAGCGAGGUGGUGACCUGGACGAUUUGAAUGAUGACUUCCCUCUUGAAACCAAGAGGAAGAAAGACGAUAGUGAUAUGGAAACUGAUUCUGAAGAUGACACCAGGGAUGAGAAAAAAGCGGUGAGUUGCCUUUUGUAG